CCCUCCUCCUUCUCCGCCUCCUCCUCCAUGCGCGGCGACUCCGACCCCCCUCCGCCGCCGCCGCCGCAGCCGCUGGAGAUGGCGGAGUCCGGCCGAGACCCCGCGGCGGCGGAGGCGCUCCGCCUCCUCGCCAUGGCGGAAGCGAGGCUCGCCUCCGCCUCCUCCCUGAAAUCCGCUCUCAAGUACGCCAAGCGCGCGGCGAGGCUCCGCCCCGGAGUCGGCGGCGCCGCGGCGCUCGUCGCCGCGCUCCGCGUCCUCCGCGCCGACCCCUCCGACCACUACGGCGUCCUCCGCCUCCCCCCGCUCUCCUCCGCGGCCGCGAUCCGUCGCCGCUACAAAACCCUAGCCCUCGACCUCCACCCCGAUCGCUCGCCCUUCCCCUCCUCCUCCUCCUCCUCCGCGGUGGCGGUGGCCGAGGAGGCGUUCAAGCGCGUCGCCGAGUCCUUCCGCGUCCUCUCCGACCGGUCCCUCAAGCGCCGCCUCGACCUUCGCCUCCGCCGCGGCCGACGAUCGCCGCCGCCGGAGGAGGAGGAGGAGCGCGCCGCCACGUUCUGGACCGCCUGCGCCGCGUGCCGCCUCCUCCACGAGUUCCACCGCAGGUACGUCGGCUACCGCCUUGUUUGCCCUAGCUGCCGCAAGAGCUUCCUCGCCGUCGAGGUCCCCAACCCCAACAACGACGACGAUGACGAUGACGAAGCCGAGGACCCGGAACAGGAGGAAGGAGAAGAAGAAGCAGAAGAAAAUGGCGACGACAAUGCCGAUGAUAAUAAGUCGAGAGUUAGGGCUAGCUCUAGGGAUAGGGCUAGGGCUAGGAGGGUAACGAAGUCGCGAUCUAAUUCUCGGCCUAGGGUUUCUAGAUUCCCGCCAUUGGCGCGGCAAAAACGGAGAAUUGAACCCAGACUUUCGAACUCGCCAUUGGCGGGGUCCAAGAAACCCCGGACAAAUCCGGAGAAGACGCUAGCCGAGAUGCAGAUGGAGCUCAGCAGGGAAAAGAAGAGGAAGGAGAGGAAGGGAAAUGUGAAACCUUUGCUUCAGCCAAAGGAGGAGGAAGAAAAUGAUUCGAGCCUAAUGGUGGUCGAGGACUCGGAUUUCUACGACUUUGAUAAGGAUCGGUCGGAGAAGAGCUUCAGGAAAGGGCAAAUUUGGGCAAUUUACGAUGACGAUGACGGGAUGCCCCGCCACUACGGGUUGAUCGAAGAGGUCGUCUCUUCGGAUCCAUUUAGGAUUAGGAUGAGUUGGUUGGACAUCGAAAACCAUGGAGAUGAGCAUUUGCUUCUUUUAGAGAAAUCGGGGUUUCAUAUCUCGUGUGGGCGAUUUAAGAUUGGGAGAAAAGUUGAAAUCCGCUCAGUCAAUCUCUUCUCCCAUUUGAUCGACUGCGAAAGGGCCGCGAGGGAGCUUUUUAGGGUUUACCCAAAAAAGGGUUCGGUUUGGGCGCUAUAUGGGGAUUGGAACUUCGGCGGAGAGGAGAGGAGGCGACACUAUGACAUUGUUGUGUUGCUCACAAGCUAUAGUGAUAUGUAUGGGGUGAGCAUGGCGUAUCUUGAGAAGGUGGGCGGGUACAAGAGUGUAUUUAAGAGGCGGGAGGUUGGCGCACUUGCUAUUAGGUGUAUUGAGAAAGAGGAUGUGAGGGUUUUCUCGCAUCAGAUUCCCGCACGGAAGCUUUCGGGAACGGAAGGGUUGGAUUUGCCGAGAGAUUGCUGGGAGCUCGAUCCUGCUUCACUAACUGCAGAAAUGCUCUCUGUUACUUGGAGUAGGUAAUGUUUGCUGCGAUGAUGGUGACGUGCAGCAUUGUAAAAAUUCCAUUUGAACCGACAAUGAAGUUUUGCUUCGCUUCGUCAAACUUGGGAGGUUUUUGGCUCGCUUACCUAUUUUCUGAAAUUUGAUUCGUCAUCUUGAUUCCAUUCGUAUCUUAGGUUGCAUUUGUGAAUUUUAAUGUUGUUCUGUUGCUCGUGAUUGUUAUAAUGGCUAACACUAAAGUAUGUGAAUGCCGACCAUAACUGAUGAAUGACUUAGCUCAGCAGAAAACUAUAAGUUGUUUCACAGUUUCAAUACAUAGCAUUUAGUGAUGCCAAAAUAUGCUCUCAAUAAACAAGGAUAUGCCCAAUUCUCACAAA